ACACAGUGAGAGAGAGCGAGAGAGAGAGACAUACCGUUCACUGCCUGUGUGCCCACUCCUCAGCUCUAACAAACCACUGCUUCUCUAGCCACACACAGCAAACUAUUACUCCGACACAAGACAGCUCUACUCCAGAUUUCAACGACGCAUUAUAACAGAAAAUGACACAGACUGGAAGGUGACAUUUUGUGUUUAAAGAGGCUUUAAACGACACCGCUGUCUUCGAGAGGCUCGCUUUUACUCAUCCCAUGUUCCUUCGCCGGCUGAGCUCUUUGAGCUCAUCUUUCUCACCCUGCAGUCUUCCUGCUCUUUCCCAGGCCCGCUUCAACAGCAACACUGAUUCCUCUGCGUCCUCCUUCCUUCCCCAAUUCAUUCCCACCCCUCAUCCAUGGUGGUCGGUGCCAGGGUUUCCACCCUGGCCUUCUCGACUUCCCCACUCCCACCCAUCUGCCCUUGACUGUUUCACUCACAGGGCAUUACACCCCCUGAACAUCAACCUUGGUGACUUUGGUCCUUGCCGUUCCUUCCACACCUCUGCAGGCCACUUGAUGGAGUUCCCCGACAGAGACAGAGGGCCGCCCUACAAACGGAGGAAGAGUGCAGAGGAAAAAAAGGAAAGAAAAGAACAAAAUAAAGAAAAGGAGGGACACAGAGGAGGAGCAACAGGGGGUAAGGAGGGAGGGUCCAAGAGGGAGCACCAUCACCUAGAUUCCAGAAAAGAUGGCAGCCUUCGAUCUAGUCACCACUUCAACGACGGAACUAAAGACAGAGUGAAGAAUAAUGUCGGAAAAGAUGUCAGAGGGGAAACCAGCAGAGACAAAAAUGUGGAAAGGACUAAAAGUGAGACUAAAGACAGACAGCGAAGAGAGAGUGCAGACAGACAUCAUCAUCAUCAUCAUUAUCAUCAUCAUCAUCAGCAAGAAGGACAUAAAGAAUCACAGCCAGUGAUGCACAAACCCAACCCAUGGUUCAAAGGGAGGGGGUCUGAGGAGCUGGGUGGGCCUCACAGGGACACAAAAGGGACUUCAGAGCAGCAGAGGGAUGGAUGCAGUGAUGGAGGGCAGCCUCGCAGCACCACUCACCCCUCAAACCUGGGGCAGGUACCUGGAGGAAACACGCAGCCCUCUCCACCAAGAAGGGCUGUGAAAUCUCUUCAAAGACACUGGGAGUCCUGCAGCACUGACCUCCACCCACCAGGGGACAGUUCAGUCUUUGACUUCUCGGUGAUGUCCUACAACAUCCUCUCCCAGCAGCUCCUGGAGGACAACGCCUACCUGUACCGACACUGUGACCCUGACGUCCUGACCUGGGAGUACCGACUGCAUAACCUACUGGCAGAGAUCCAGCACCACAACGCUGAUAUCCUGUGUCUUCAGGAAGUGCAGGAGGACCACUAUGAAAACCAGAUUAAGCCUGCUCUCCAGGCACUAGGUUAUCACUGUGAGUAUAAAAAGCGGACAGGAAAGAAACCAGACGGUUGUGCCGUUCUCUUCAAAACCUCCCGCUUCUCCCUGCUCUCCUCCAAUCCCAUCGAGUUUUUCCGGCCCGCCGACACCCUCCUCGACCGAGACAACGUGGGAUUGGUUGUGCUGUUGCGACCUAACAACGGCAUAAGUCAUGCAAAUCCCUCCUCAUUCAUCUGUGUCGCCAACACCCACCUUCUCUACAACCCCCGGCGAGGUGACAUCAAACUGGCCCAGCUGGCAAUCUUAUUGGCUGAGAUCAACCGGCUGUCCCGCUUCCCAAACGGGCAGGUUAACCCGGUGGUUUUAUGUGGGGAUUUUAACUCUGCACCCUGGAGUCCACUGUACAGCUUCCUGACCACAGGCUGCCUGCAAUACAGCGGAAUGCAGAUUGGCAUGGUGUCAGGUCAGGAAAACAGUCCCAGAGGUCAGCGUCUCCUCAUGUCUCCGAUCUGGUCUCCCAGCCUGGGAAUAACCCACCAGUGCCAGUAUGAAAACAAACCUAAUGCUGAGACCUCGCCCACCAGCCCUACAGCUGUAGAGGGAGCGAUCUCUAAUCUCAGUGUGGAGGAUCUCGCUGCCAAAGCUGCUUAUGAAUUCAGCAGAGCGUGGAGGAUCGAGCACAGCCUGAAGCUGCAGUCGUCUUAUCAACAUCACCUGAUGCCUGACAGGAGACCUGAGAUCACCACCUGUCACUCCCGCACGGCCCUGACAGUGGAUUACAUCCUGUAUAGUCCCGAUUUCGUUCCACCUCCCUCGCUUCCAGGUGGGAGGGGACUCCAGCUGCUGGGCAGGCUGUCAUUGGUCGGCCAGGCGGAGCUCGAGGAAGUCAAUGGCCUGCCUAACCAUCUGCACUCAUCUGACCAUCUCCCUCUCCUCGCUCGUUUCCGCAUUUGGUGCUGAAACGCUGCAGGUCCACUGAGGAAAGUAGGAAUGUUCAAGGAAUCUGCAGUUUCUUCCCCACACAAACAACAAAAACAGUAUGAACAUUAAAUGCUGGGGUGUUUAAUUCAGUAUGUGAUUUUAUUAUUAAAAGGGAAAACCCUUUUCAAGUCCUCCAAGAGUGGCCGCAAGGUAAAUUAAUGAUUUCAUACAGAUGGCUUCACAGAGUUACAAUAUUUAUUUUUCUCUCUAUUUUUUGUGAUUCAAAUAUUGAUACUAUUUAUACCCAUCUAUACUAUUAUUACUCUUCAUGUCUUGUUAUGGGAUGAAAAACAAACAGAAGGUAGAGGAGGGGCCUAAAUCCCUGUUGAACCACUUUAAUUAUAAUUUGUGAUCUUUUCUCCAAAAAUGCCCCAUCCCAUCUUUAAGUGGCAAAUUUCAUAAAUCUGCUUAUGAAAUGAGAGUAGGGACACUUGUUAAAUGGCUUUGUGCAGAGGACUUUCACCUGAGAGAGAGGGGAUCAAAUCCUGUGCUUAUAAUGUGGUGGGAGGAGCUUGGAGCGUAGGGAGAGGUAUCUUUCUAAAAUAACAUUUUUUUGUUUCUAAGUUUAAUUUUUUUUUUUUAAUGCAGGAAAAAGUAAUUAUGUUAAAGCUUUUCUUGUUUUUCCUGCAGUAUGGUGGCGCGUCCCAUUUCUUAACCCCAGCAGGCGGUUGUUUUCCUGCACAAUAUGUUCAGGGGUUUUAACUAAAAGUUUAGGUCUUAUUCUUUAAAUGAUGAUGAGUAAAAAAUGAAUUCUGGCAGUCUGGAUUUCCCCUGAAAUGAUUAACGUGUUCAUAUCUCUAAACAUCCAAAUGAUCAUCAUUUUGAAACUGUAGUAACAUGUUUAAUUGGGCAUUUUUCCCACCAUGUAGAGACAUUUACCAUUUUUUCUUUUUUUAAAUACAAAGGUUUCUUUCUUACUAAUGUUUCCUUUCGAGCUGUAUCGAUGAAGGGAUGGAUUUUACGUCACUUUUUAAAGCUGAACGUUUACUGUAGUGCUGCUAAUUUUGGAAAGUACUUGAUCAUUUUCUUUUGAUAACAAGAAAAUGAUUUAAAACAAACUAACAAAAUAUAAAUAAAAGUUUAGCUUGUGUUUUUAAAGAUCUUCAGAAAUAUCUCCUGUCUCGGCUGCAUCACUGCCAUGUAAAUUUCUUAUAUUUUAUAAUGUGCCAAAAAUUAAACUAAGCACUAUACAGCACUCAACUAGUUGUCAUAUAUUUCAAUUAAUUAUAGUUAAAUUAAGACGUUAUAUGGAAAACAUGGAUGUAUAUGUCCGCUGAGGACUCUAAAUUUUAAUUCUGGAUAAAUAUCAGUAUGGUCGGUUAUUACUGGAAGAGCUCUUGUGUCAUAUUUUCACACAUGUAAAUACUGAAAAUAAAAACUGGAUGUAUUUUUCUAUCAUUUUAAGGAGUUGAUUUUUGCUGGAAGUUUACACUUUGUAAAUAAAAGUUCUUUUUCUAUUA